AUGGCUUCAGCAUUAUCAUCAAAUAUCCGGCGCUCCGCCAUCAAGCUAUCAUCAGCCACAGCCAGAAUCUCAGCUCGCAAUGCGGCACCAUCUGCCAUUCUCCAGCGGUCAUACAUCUCCACACCAACAAGAGGACUACUGUCUACCACACAGACGCGAGCUCCGCUCAAUUCAUCGGCAAACACCCACCCACUAUCCUCCAAGACUCUCCUGAACGGCAAGAAUGCCCAGAUCCAGAACCGGUCGUAUAGCGACGACGCCGGUCCCCGAUUCUGGGAAUUCGACGAGAUAAACGCAUCCCUCCCAUCCACCUCAAACAGCCCAACAACAACCCCCAAAAUCAAGCUAGUAGACGUCCGUGAACCAGCCGAACUAAUCGGCACAGGCAUCAUUCCGUCGGCGGUGAAUAUCCCGCUAGCCUCGCAGGCCGACGCGCUAUUCCUCACCCCAGACGAAUUUGAGACCCGCUUUGGAUUCGAGAAGCCUGUUGCUGAGGAGGGCGAGACGAUUGUUUUCUAUUGCAAGGCUGGGGUGCGGGCUAAGACUGCGGCGCAGAUGGCUGUGCAGGCUGGGUAUGAUCCUAAGGCUGUUGGUGUUUACUGGGGGUCUUGGUUGGAUUGGGCUGGUAAUGGGGGUCGGGUUGAGAGGUGGGAGGGAGAUGAGUAG